CAGUGCGCACGGAGUUAAAAGGCGGGCUGUGCUUUGCGGUGGCAACUACCCUCCUCCACCAACGAGCCCUCGGGAAGAGUACAUCUAGAAGGCUAUCGUGAGGUUCCCUCCCUCCUUUCUCGGCGGGCGUCCUUCGGAGAGCCGCGCGGAAGUUCGACCCCCUUUCCGAACGAACCGUCGACACCGUAUGCUGUCAAGGCGACCUCCCGGCUGAACCGUGUGACGUCAUCGCGAGCGAAAGGUUCUUGUCGGGCUACCGUGCCACUCAUUCAACAGUCAGCCCUCAGCCGAGCCGAACGGUCAGAGCAGCACUCCUCGUGUGCGCGGUGGAAGUCGUCGUCCGCACGGAGCAAGCGCCCGAGCGAACCCGCUGGGGAAACAGCCGUCACCAUAGCGCGAGACGCAGGCAUGAGUUCGGACAUGUCCAGUCCCCGCCGACCGGGCAUGCUGGAGUUCUUCAGCGGCAAGAACGUCCUGCUCACGGGUAGCACAGGAUUUCUCGGAAAGGUUUUGUUGGAAAAGAUUCUUCGCUCGUGUGCCGACGUUGGAUCGAUCUACCUAAUUGUUCGUGGCAAAAGGGGACUACGCGGCGAAGAUCGCAUUGCAGACAUCCUCAAAAUGCAGCUGUUCCAGAGGCUGAGGCAAGAGAGGCCGCAGGCCUUUCAGAAGAUUGUUGUCCUGGAAGGCGACCUGACUCUUCCAGAUUUGGGCCUCAAGCCCAAGGACAGGCAGCUGCUGCUGGAUACAGUAAACGUUGUCAUCCACUCUGCUGCUACAGUAAAGUUCGACGAACCCAUCAAGAAUGCCGUCAAAAUGAACCUAAAUGGCACGAGAAGAAUAAUAGAGCUUUGCAACGAGAUGGAGAACAUAAAAGUGUUUGUUCAUGUUUCCACGUGUUACUGCAAUUGCGACAGGGGAGAAAUCAAGGAAGAAAUUUACCCACCCAUUCAAGACCCAGACCACAUAAUCAAAAUAGUUGAUUGGCUCGAUUCGGAGACGCUGGAUUCGUGCCAGUCCAAGCUUCUCGGGGCAAUGCCCAAUACGUACACAUUCACCAAGGGGCUGGCCGAGACGCUCGUCCAGCGAGAAUGCAAGGGCUACCCCGUCGCCAUCGUCAGGCCCUCCAUCGUCGUCUGCUCCUGGAAGGAGCCCUUCCCUGGUUGGGUUGACAACUUCAACGGACCCACAGGCUUGAUUGUUGCUGUGGCCACUGGUGUGUUGAAGAGUGUGUACACAGAUCCCGACAUGGAAACAGACUUCGUCCCCGUUGACGUAGUCGUCAACUGCAUCCUGGCUUCAGCGUGGAACGUCGCCGUCACCAGGCCGUCCGAUGUGCGGGUAGUUCAAUGUGCGUGCAGCGGGCGCUCCCCACGGCUCCGCUGGCGGGACAUGAAGGCCAUACAGGAGUCCUUGAUGACUGAGCUGAGCUUCAAGAGUGCUAUCCGAUACCCGGACGUCCACCUGAGGCGCAACAUCGUCAUCCACCGGACCUCCAUGUUUCUUCAGCACUAUGUGCCGGCAUGCAUAGGGGAUGCCGUGCUUGCGUGCGUCGGAAAGAAGCAGUGGCUAGUCAAAACAUACUACAAGCUCGAGCUCCUCCUGGAGGCCCUCGGCUACUUCACAACGCAUCAGUGGAAGUUUGAGACGAACAACAUGAUGGCCAUUUACAACGACCUCUCCGAGGAAGAAAAGAAGAUCUUCAACUUCGACGUGAGCACGUUAGAAUGGAGACCAUUUUUCUACCACUACGCUAUCGGUGCCAGGGACAUCCUCCUCAAGGAGGACCACUCCAAGGUCAAAAAUCGGAACUUCCAAAGUUUCGCGCGCAGGCUGUACGUGGUGAAGCAGGCGACCAACGUGCUGUUCGCCCUGGCCGCCUGGAAGCUUCUGGACAUGGGCCCGACCUUGUGGCGGUUGUGGGAUUACCUGACGGACACCGCAGCGUCGACGUUUACGGGCUGAUGACGGCUUGGCCACCGCCUGGCCCAAGCCACGACAAGGGACCAGCCGCCGCCCCAACAGCAGCACAGCACCGUACAGCUCCGCGGUUGACCUUGCACCGGGCCGUCACCGUCACAGGAACCUGCACCACCGCAUCGGGAAGGCACACGCAUCACGCGAACGACCAUCAUCACAUCCAUCCCGUCCACACCCACACCCUGUACUCUUUGCUCUCUUUGCGAUGCUGUCAUGUCAUGUUGUUUAUAUAUGUGUGCAUAUAUGAACAGUGAGUAGUCCUUGCGAACGUUUGUACGCGUGUUUUUAUCUACGCUUUGAUUAGUUUUAGAGACAGGCUACCGUAACAUAGCAAACAGCACAGAGGUCAGAAAUGCCAUGUAGGCAGCUCCGAGGAAGGCAAAGAGAGUACAAGAAAGCAAGGACCUUGUUCAGGUUACGGGCGGUUAGAAUGGCAUAUUUUAGCCAAUGUAGAGCCCGUGACAUUGGGCUUCUUUUCGCAUCGCUGUGCCAUCCGGCUCGUUGUAUGGGCUGCGAGUUUGAACCAGCUGAUCACCAAGCGAUCAACGCAAAUCUGAAUUCCCAUUGGCUGUACGGCGUUAAUUUCGGGUUUUAGUGGUGCCCGGGCUUUCGAAGAAUAUUCUAAAAAUAAUAAAAUCCGAACGGUGUGCUCGUCCCACCAAACAAAUGUGACUGGCUUCGUGUUUUCAAGUCAACGUCCUGGACCCACCGCUGAACAAUGGUGUUUGCUGCUGAAAAAAAUUGUUUGACAUAUAGGCGAUUGUCAGUGUUUUUGGGAGGUUUUAAUUCACGCCUCUUCCAUGUUUGUUCUGUGUCCUGUGAUACGCCUUGUCGGCAGCCAAAAUUUAUUUUAGUUAUGGCUUCUGACGAUUUCUGCUGAAGGUGCUGCAGCGUGUAUUCCUUUGGUAGUGCGUACCUGUAUCAUUUACCGUGUCCAAAGUGUCUAUCGGAGUUACUGCUACUCCAUUUAGCUUAUGCAAGAGUUCGUUAUGUAUAUGUGAAACUUUCAUUCUGUGUUUAUUUGAAAGGGGGCCACAGAAAUUCUUCGGGCCGCCUCUCCGAAGAACGUUUAUGCAAUGAGCAUAACAUAAAAGCAUUCCCGUGAUAAGAAAGUCAAUCUUUGCUUGUAUUUAGGCAUCUAGGAAGAAACCACUGGGCAACAAGAGUAUACUACACGUUCUCAUCGCUAGGCAUUUAACUGCUGCUUUAAUCAUUUUUAUUACUAGUAUUCACUGAAAGUAUUUAGGAGCGUCUUUGCUUGCAGAUUCUACUGUCAUUCAAAUAAACGGAAUGGAAAUUAAUCGUUUUCUUUUUCGUGAUUUUAGACCUUUAAAGUUUAUCCUGCUCAUCGUGGUAGUUACCUUGAUGCACAACUUGUGCAGUGCCAUAGUAGCAACUGCAGUGCUCAACUAUAUAUAUUCAAGAAUGACAGGGAUCCCAAAACCAUGCGACGUGUUCUGGCUACACUUUUUGGUUCUGAUCUGUGGCCCCAGUUUUCCUGCAGUUGUUCUCUGAUCUUGGAAGCCUUAGCAGUGAAGCGAGAAGUGAAUUCUUCACCAAUACAAAGACACUGUGUACAAAGCCAUCUGUGCCUACCAUGCUGACCAUUUGUCGGUGACCUGCUGUCAGUGCAUGUUGUUUUCAUGUGCGAGAGUUGUUUUAUACUUAAUGUUUCUGCCCACUUGCCGCACGGUCCAUGGGAAAUGCAACAUAGCAAAGAAGUGCUUCGAAAGAAUUUAGGAUUGAGCUGGCUCAGUUGAAUUAUUUCUGUUGACAAAUGCUUUUGCUGCAAGCACUUGUUCACUGACUGAUGAAAAUAAAGACGUUUUCAUGUGUA